CCGGAACUUAACGUUCUCUUCCGGUUGUCGAACGCAGGUCAUUUGUGCGGGGACAUUUCGUUAGCCAUUAACCAAAAUAAAGCUCAUUUUCUCGCCUAAAGGCAACUCAGUUGUCUUCGCAUCUUUAAUCAUCCGCCUGAUCGUGACAUUUAAGAAACAUGUGGUAUGAAAUCUUACCCGGUCUGAGCCUUAUGGCCGUGGCUCUCAUGAUUCCAGGUCUUGCCACCAUACAAAUUCACAAGUUCACCAACGGAGGAAAGGAGAAAAGGGUCGCCCGGGUUCCGUGGCAGUGGUACCUGAUGGAGAGAGACAGACGAGUUGGAGGAACGGGUCACUACUUUGAUUCCAAGGGACUUGAGAACAUCAAGUGAGGAGGAUCUAGAAGAUCUUGAAAUGCUGGAGCCUCAGAGUUGUACAAUAAAAACAAAGUAUUCUAUGUUU